AUGGCACCUACUGGACUGCUCGCAUAUCUCAAGCUUCUUUACAAAGCCAAGUACAUUCGAUUUCAGUACAGUAUAAACUAUCUUCUACGCGUUAUCACUGGCAAAGCGCCAGCUCGUUUGACACCGAACCAAUCCUUCACCGUGCCGUCCACUAAGAGCAGACGGGGAGUCAAAGUCAAUAUUUAUCGUACCAAAGCAGCGUUGAAUCACACCGGUCCAGUAGCUGUCCAUCUCACUUGGCAUGGAUCUGGAUUCGUCUUCAAGUCAUUUGGCGAGAACGGUGUUUUUAUCAAAUAUCUCCUCGAUCAUCCCAUACUUUCAUCUUACCCACUUGCCAUCCUUGACUGCGACUACGCAAAAGGACCAGAAUAUGUGUGCCCAGCAGCUACAGAUGACGCGAGAGAUGUGCUAGAGUAUGUGUUCAUGCACCCAGAAGUAUACGACAUCUCUCGUGUCACAUUGGGCGGUUUCAGCGCUGGAGGUGCUAUCUCCCUCGGUCUGAGCGUGACAAUUGGAAAAGAGGUCAGAACUGGAACGUGGUCCCAUCCAACGACUGGUCAUCCCAUUAAAACAGUUGUAGCUUUCUACCCUGUCGCAAAGUGGUGGGAAACCCCAAUUGCACCAAGGGAGACGGCAGGACUACGACAGUGGUUAGGUGGGAUGUUCCCUAAGGAUCUGGAGUCGAUCUUCCGUAACUCCUACUUCUUUACACCCAAGCUCAACCACCCAAAGACAUCUGAAGAAGACGAUAGGCGGGUGAUUGCGCUGAUGCGACAACCGUUGCAUUCUCCUGGUUAUGGCGAAACAAAGGAUUUCCCAGAUGACAUAGUCAUCUAUACCUGCGAGAACGAUCAUUUGACACGCGAGGCCGAGAACUUGCGACAAAAGUUGCAAGCCGGAGGAAAGAGGGUGUACGGUGAGUUGGUGAUGGGUGUCUAUCACUCUUGGGAUCUGGAGGUUCGUCCUGGAGACGUGGGAUAUGUCGAACGGCAAAAAGCGUAUGAUGUCUCUGCAAAGGCCAUUGCAAGGGCCGGAGGAGUGCAAGUAGAUAUCUAA